AAAAGCAUUACAGCGAGCAGACCACAGAAAAUAUAAAUUCAAGGCCCUUGCCGUUCAAUGCCCGUUGUUUUUUUCGACUUCCCUCUCAUCCUCACUCAACCUCUCAGUUUUUCAUACCUCAGCAAACAUUCCUUGCCCAAGCAACGAAGCCAGAAACAGAACAUCCGAACGCACUCCCUCACUCUCACAAACCCCCGCCAACUCCAGUUAAUCAAGCUAACCAAGUCAAGCCAAUACCCACGUCUUCAACCAUACCCGGCCUGAAAAAGAAUCAGAAAACCAUGCUGCAGAGCCUAAUGGUGUUCCCAAACAGCAACGACUUCUUCAACGUCGCACCGGCGAUGCUCGACGACCAUAAUAUGCCCAAGCUCAUUAGUUCAGACCAAAUGGAGUCCUACAUCGGCUCCGCAUCAACGUCGCCCGUCCAGGACUACAUCAUGGCACCGUCCUAUCACCCACAGCAACAGCACCACAACCAGCGCCAGCACCAGCUCCAGUUCCCAGUCGCCACAUCCAUGCCCACAAUGACAACCCAUAGCGCACCGUCCUCACCACCAUACCCCAUCAUCAAGAGCGAGGAGGUCCAAUCGCAGAACACACUGGACUACCUUCUUUUCCCCUCUUCCUUUGAUAUCCCAGCACAAGACCAACAACAGCACCACAUCUUCCCCUCUCAACGGUCUCCCUACACAGAUGUCUCGCUCAUCCAGCAGCGCCAGCAACAUAAUCAGCAGCAACAGCAGCACGCCCAACAACUCAGACUGCAUUUCCAGCAGCAACAGCAAAUGAUGUACGACACCACACCCAGUCAUUCGACUGUCACAUCCAUGUCUAUUCCCGCUACCUCCUCAAUGAUGUCCACAAUGGGCUCUGCGACCUCGAGCUCCAGUCUCUUUGCCCCCUCCGCCAUCGCGACCUCCGCACCGUUCUUCCACCCCUCCUCCCUUGUACAGGAUGAUAUCCAUAAUGUCCCCUCCCAUUCCUUCCAACGACUCAACACCUACUCGCCCGCAGCACACCCAGCAGCGCCUAAGCGCAAGCGUGAGGAAUCAGGACAGCAGAUCCCAAGACAGACUUCCCCACAGCUCACCCUCGAGCCGGUCCCGUCCUCGUCCGCGUCGACUUCGGCAUCCACCGCCGCUGUUGCAGUCCCUGAGAAUGCCCUUGUGACACCCCCUCCCACAAAGAAAUCCUCCGCGGCAGCAUCGAGCAGGCUCUCGACCAGCUCACGCCUGGAUAAAGUCAAGGCCACCCGAUCGACCAAGGUCACCAAAUCCACUCUUUCUUCUUCCUCUUCCUCCAUCUCCUCGACCCCUUCCGCUGCCGACAUGAUUUCCUCCGCCACCACCGAGACCAAAACCGCCACUACCGCCACCACCACUCGCGCCAUUCGCAAGACGAUCAAGAAGUCCACUGCCCCUGAAUCUCGCGAAUCUUCCGAACAGCCCGAAACCUCGACCACGACUGAAUCCCAAGCGUCUCGUGCAUCCGGACAAACCGGUAACAUCACUCACCCCCGCCGUGCUGCCCAGAACCGUGCUGCCCAACGCACGUUCCGCAACCGUCGCAAGGCCUACAUCAAGGAGCUCGAGCAGAAGGUUCAGGAGAUCGACCAGACACGCGAGCUCAUGAAGUCCAUCCACAACGAGAACCAGGAAGUAUGGCGACGACUCCAGAUCCUCGAGACAUUGGCGGCUCAGAGUGGAGUGCAAAUGCCGACGUUCUCGCCCUUGGUGCCCUUUGUUGCCUCAGGCAACGAGUUUGCCAGUGGAAACAGUAACGGAGCCAUGGGCGGUAAUAUGAUGAUGAGCCAGGGCAACAACAGUAACACAAUGGGCAGCAGCAACGAGGAGGAUGAGGACGAUGAGGACAUGAGCGACUCGUUUUCGUCGCACCAACAACACUUCCAGCAGCACAUCCAGCACCUUUGAAUACUCCUCGCACAUACACAUAUACAUACACAUACUCUCUCUCUUUCUUUCUUUUUCUCUUUUCCUUGUGAUCUUUAUUCUUCUCCUUGGAUGUGUGAUCCCUUUCUUGGCAGAUACUGUAUAUAUAGACAAACGAAUAACUCUCCAAUAUACCAUCCCCACUCCACUCCACCCCAGUUACAAAGAGAAAAAAAAAACAAAAACGUCUUUGUUCUUCUUUGGUUUUCCCGCAC